UCUUUCCUCUUUCUCUGCGCGAGAAACGCAUUUGGGCACUCAGUAGUCCCAAGCAUAACGCCAAAAAACGCCCUCUCUCCUCUGCCUCUUCCUCUUCCUCCUCCUCUUCCUCCUCCUCAUACUUUACUCUCUCUCCUUUCUCUCUCUCUCUCUCUCUCUCUCUCUCUCAAAAAAGCGUGGUGUUCGGAGUGGCACUGAGAAAAUUAUUGGGUUUCUAGAGAAUAUAUAGAAACAGAUAUACAUAUAUAUAGGCAGAUGGGUUCAUGUGUUUCGGUUCAUAAGGACGCAGAUUCCGUCUUGAAGCUCCGACAUUCAUUCGGGUCCAAAACCGACAACAAGCUCGUCAUCCCACCAUUCCCAGUCAAGGUUGAUAAACUGUCUUCCAAUGGUGACCGUCCGAUUGCCGAUCUUCCACUUAAAUCUCAAUGGUCGCCCUCUCACGCCACCGCCAACGCCACCACCUUCCGGGACUGCGGUAGUAGAGAGGAUUCCUAUUUUGAUACCCGGCAGUGGUUGGACUCGGAUUGUGAAGAUGAUUUUUACAGUGUGAAUGGGGAUUUUACUCCAUCUCGCGGCAACACUCCUGUCCAUCAGUACUUACCCGCUGGUUCCUCUCUAAUCGACAAAACUCCUUUCGAGAACAGAAUUCCUGGUCCAACUCCAACGCCAACAGAAAAGAAGAAGAAACUACUUGAGCUUUUUCAGGAGAGCUUCAAAGAUGAUGAAGAAGCGGACAAUGAAGUAAAACCGCCAGCUGCAGCCAGCCUCCCUCCAAAGUUUGUCAAUGGAACUGAUUCCGUGUGUAGUAGCGAGAGGACAAUAAGUGGAGAUGUUCCAACUGCGAUUGAGACGAAGAAGCCAUUUAGGACCUCGCAGUGCUGCCUUCCGAGCUUAGUUUCUUGCCGCAGCUCGAGUCAGAGGAAGAAGAUGAGCCCUACCAUUGCUGUAGGUGAUAAAGCUUGAUACUUUUUCCUGAAAUCGUAAUAGUGUAAAUUUGAGAAGUUAAGAACCCGCUCGAGUUUCUAAACUUCGACCUCAAUAUCUUGUAAAGUACUAGAGAUCCUUGCUGCCGCUGUUGAAAUUACGAAUUUUGGGGAUGCAGGGCAUGUAAAGAGUAAGGAUGAAAAUGUCCAAUGCUAUGAGUAUUUUACAACACCACUGAAAUCUUAGUAGGAAGGUUGUUACUGCAUAUUUAAUUAAAGAGAAAGAGAAAGCCACGUUUAUUUUGUUCGUUCA